AUGAGAACUACUCGCAUAGCUCAAACUAAGCAGCAAGGAAAUCAAAACAAAUUGACCUCCAUCAAAAACACUCUCAAGUUUCAAUUCGACGAUGAAAACGACAAGAACAUAGAUCGCACUACGAGUCCCUCUGUGACCAUAAAGGAUUUGUGCUAGGAAGACAAGGCAAAAAUAGGAGAUCUAAUCAAGAGAUUGGCAUAGGAGCAAGAAGAAAACAAAAAACUGCAGGAGCAAAUAAGACAGAAGGAAGAGGAAUGCAAAAAGUAAGUAACCAAAUACAAGCAACUUUCUGAAUCUGCAAAAAAAGAAUAGAAAUAGACUGAAGAGAAAUUCAAGGAAUCCCUAGAAGUCAUUAAGAAGUUGCAGUAACAAGAACAAUUGAUCCAAGAAUAGAUGCUUCUUGCGAGAGUGAACAAAUUUGACUCAUUCACUUAAUAUGAGAUUGACAACAAAGAAAAUAAUUCGAAAGUCUCCCAAGCUCCUAUUCCACCUCCAAUACCUCCUCCCAAAUAAUAGAAGAGUGAGAUUUUGCAAUUGAAAGCGGAGAUCGAGGAAUUUACCAACAGUUUGAAACAGUUAUAGUUUGAAUCAAGCAGUUAAGAAAGAUAGGAGAUUUCUCCUUUAAGGAAAGUCAUUAAACCAGAAACUAAGCAAGACAAAUAAAGAGUGAUCCCAAGACAUCAGACACCUGUAAAUGUGCCCAAACAUGAUUAAAGGAAGCACAUUGAAGUAUAAACCAUUGAUCCAGGAAAUCACGUUAAUCCACAUUAGAAUUCAGCAGACAAACAGAUCUAAACAGAAACGGACAGUUUUGCAAUUAAUUCACGCACAUCCAACUUCUUCAAAAAGGAAGAAAUGAUUCAACCACAAGAACCCAUUAAAACUUAGAAUAACUUGUAGACUAUUAGAUUCUGUGAGGAAUUUAAGGCUCUAGAAAACAAGUUAAAAUAAAACCAAAAUCAAUAUUACAAGGAUCCCUCUGUCCAAUCCGACAGUUUUCAAUAAAACCAAAAUUUUCAAGAUGAUGAUGAAUCAUCAGAUGAGGAAUUUACUAUAGCUCAAGAAUUACUGAAACGAAAAAACCAAAGAAUUUCAUAGCAAUAUCAAAAGAGGUCUUCAGAGGGAUCUCAAAGAGGCCAACAGGUUUCUGAUGUUAGUCUAUAGAAAUAAUAGUAAUUCCAAAAUAGUUAUCAAUAACAAGUUCCAUAACCGUAUUAUCAAUCCUCCUAACAAUAGACACAAUCAGCAUAACAACAGAAUCUGAUUCAAUCUAAUUAUUUCAAAACCAAUACUCUAAGCUUCAAUUUGACUAAUCAGGAAUACACACCUCAAUAAUCGCUCCAAAAAUCUGCUGAAUAAUUUGGAUCGAGUGUUAUGCAGACUCCUCAACAGAGAGAGAUGCUGUCUUAAUAAUUGCAAUUUUCUUAGUAGGAGGAAGAAAUCGAUUCGGUUAUCACGAGUUUGAAUGGGAGAUCCUUCAAUAAACCGAACGUGUUUCAGCAAGAGUAAUAUCCCAUGAUUGAACAACAACAGGAGUCGUAUUCUUCAGAGUCCUCGAUUCCGAGGGAAGAGUAUCAGAAACUCAUUGAUAGGUACAUGAAAGAUAAUUAAGAUUCUGAUGAUGAUUGA